UCCAGGGUAAACUUGUCCCGGUGCGGUGGCCUAGUGAGGGUGGCAGCAUGCACCUGUGGGAGUGCUGUUGGUGCACAGGAAACGGGAAACCUCCAGGUUGAGGUUUGAGCCUCGGUGAGAUGAGACAAGAUACUGUGUUUCCUGGAAGAGCCACUCCCUUUUGAGUUUCAGGCCCAGAGAGUCACUGCUAAUCGCUGCCUUCCGGCUAGGAUCCUGCUCCCCUGCCCGGCUCUACCGGAGAGGGCCUCUGCAGCCAGGCCAUGGGGCUGUUCCUCACUCUGUGGGGCUGGGUGCUCACAGGUGCUGCCCUGAGUACAGGUGCCACUGCAAGCUUCGUGGAGCAAACACCCAGGUGGGUCCUGGUACGUCACGGACAGCCUGGAACCCUGCACUGCAUCCUGCGGGAUUCCCAGUACCCCUGGAUGAGCUGGUAUCAACAGGAUCGCCAGGGGCAACUGCAGGUGCUGGCCACUCUGCAGAGUCCCGGAGAUGAGGAGGUCGCAUCCCUCCCGGGAGCAGAUUACCGGGUCAAGAGGGUCAACAGUUCCCAGCUGAGGCUGCAUGUGGCCAACGUGACCCAGGGCAGAAUGCUGUAUUGCGCCUGCAGCAAAGACACAGUGAGAAAACCACCACAACGAAUGAAUAAAAACCAUCCUGUUCCCAGCUACAGACCCGCCCUCUGCCUCCUCUGCCCUGACAGCCCUCCCAAGCCAGCCCCCUCCCGCCCCGGGUCCUCCCGCCCGGCCACUUCACUACAAGUGUGGCCCUUCCUGAACACUGAGCAGCACAGCCAUUUAACCUCAGGCUCCGGAGGGCUGGGUGCAGACCUUGUUUCUGCCUAUUGUGAGCUUUGGGGAAGAUUUAAUCUCCCUGAAACUUUAAGUUUUUGUGUCUGUGAAGCACAAACAGUAGCUCUACCCAGCUGAGGCUUGCUGCCAGGAUUAAACAGCAGGAUUCAGGUGAAGCCUCCAGUAUACUACAGAGGCACAGAGGCUGCACUUAAUGAGCAUCAGCUGUUUACUCGGCAGUCUGCACGCAUAACACAGCAUAUUGCAUUUCAAUGCCUGUGUCAAUACCCAGAGGGGUGCUGGAAAGCAACCUGGAGAAAUUCUGGGGGCCCAAAAAGUGGUAGAAUGAAUACCUCAAUGUGUGGCUGCCUACUCACACCGCUCCCCGGAAUACACAGACACCCACAUUUCCAAGUAGACCUCCAUUCUCAACACCCACCAUCCCCUAGGCUGCUCAACCCAGUCUCAAGUUGUCUUUUUAAAAGGAAGAUGCUCAGAGAGGGCCUGUCCUAGAAAGGACCAGGGUCUGCAAUCCAUAGAGG